AUGGCGUCAUGGAGGGAGAUCCGGAGCACAGAGGAGCAGAGUGAUGACGCGGCGUGUGAGAAAGCCGCUGGGGUAUAUUUCAAGCAGCGCGGAAUCGGAGGAAGAACCUGUGGCGGAGUUGAAUCCCACACAGCAACCUUUUUUAGGCGGAGAGCAGCCCCAAGAAGCAGGGGCCACAAUAAGCAACGCAGAGGGGGCCGCAAACACAAGCAGAGCAAAAGGUCGGGGCAGACCUCCACGCCAGGGGAGCAGAGUGCUGCCGAGCAGGCGAUUAUAAAUCUGUCAGGACAUCAGCUAACGCCACCGGAGGUAAGCGUACUGAUUAAGGGGUUAUCCUAUGUUCCUUCUGUAGUGCCUCAGGACUUUAACAUUAUUGUGGACAAUUAUAGAUUUUCGCGAACAUUGAGACUGCAGGAGCACUUUAAAGGAGCCAGGAGGAGCAUAACAGAGGACGAUAGGAUUAUACCCCAAUUUAGAGCCAAAAGUGUCUUUGACCCGAUUAUUAAUAAUGCAUCUUUACGUACAUUUUCACGCAUGUUGGACGCAGCAGUACCAGAUUUCUUACAACAAUCACGCAAUAGGGGGAAUUGUACCAAAGAGGAACGUACGGCCCUGAGAGGGUUACGUGAGAAUUCCAAUAUAAUCGUGAAGCCCGCUGACAAGGGAGGGGCAGUAGUGGUUCUUGACUACGAGUAUUACAGAACUGAAAUAUUGGGACAGUUAUCAGACGCAAGUUGUUACUGUAAACUAAGCUAUGACCCUACUCUCAAAUUUCAGACACAGCUUAAGAUUCUGCUGGAGGAAGCGUGUACCCACGGAUGGAUAUCGGAGACUUUAUAUAAUGGACUAUACGUUGAGCAUCCGCAAUGGCCUAUCGUUCAAACUGACACGGAACUCACGGGCAUUAACCGUAAACGGAUUCGCUUUGGACACAGGAGGCAUAGGAAUAUAAAAGAACUUCUGUCACCGGCGGACCCGGUAAGCAAGUAUAAAUCAUUGAUGGUUACAGGCAAAGUGGGUGUUUACAGAUGUGGUGGUUGUGUUAUGUGCAGCUCCCUGAUCACAGGAGACAAGUUCUUUCAUCCACACACGGGCAAACCAUAUGAGAUUAAGCAGAGAUUGACCUGCAUUUCACAGAACGUGAUAUAUAUAAUUAAAUGCCCGUGUGGUUUAUUAUAUUGUGGUAAAACCCGUAGACAACUGAGGGAGCGUAUCAGCAUGCACCGGGCAACCAUCAGGGCCGCACUCGACCCCAAACCCAGGAAAGACACCAAACAGGAUAUAUCGAAACAACCUGUGGCUCAGCAUUGGUUGAUGGCCAAACAUCCUGCUUCUGCAUUUAAAUGCAUGCCAAUUGAUUGUAUUGCAGAUCUACCAAGGGAGGCAACAUUGAUCAAGCUUUGUUACAGAGAGAAGCAUUCUGGACAUAUAAACUGA